AUGUUGACAGGCCCUUGCACAGCGCCCCCACUCACCCGCUGGGCCUCCACCCGCUAUAGGGCUGCGGGAGAAGCUGUGUACACUGUCCCCAGCUCCUGGCUGCACAUCUCAGAGAAUGACCAGCGAGUUCUGAGCUCUCUGGGCCCAGGCCCCAGGGCCCAGGCUCCAGAGCUGCCCCCACCAGACCCAGCUUUGCAGGACCUAUCGCUGACUAUCAUCUCUCCUUCCUCACCUACUUCCUCAGGAACCCCAGCUUUACCCAGCCACGUGUCCUCAGAGGAAAGUGGUGCCAGCAUCAGCCUUCUGCCUGCCCUGUCCUUGGCAGCUUCAGACCUAGUGCAGAAGAGCAGCUCCCAGGCUGUACCAGCCAUCUGUUCAGCCCAUGGCCCCCUGCCCCCUGGCUCCCCACACUCUAACCCUGUACCCAGUUCCCCACUCCUGAGCUGCACCCCAAGUCUGUCAUCCCUUGGCCAUGUAUCCAGCCCACAUCAGGCCACUGUGACCAAGGCCCAGAAACCCAGCCUGGAGUUCAAGGAGCUAGGGUUGCCCCUCAAGAACUGGCAUCACUCUCCAAGGACAAAAAACGCCACAGGAGCCCUGGAAUCCAGUCCCGUUUGGGACCCUCCAAAGAGGCAUCGUGAUGGUUCCGCCUUCCAGUAUGAGUACGAGCCACCCUGCACCUCCCUGUGUGCCCAAGUCCAAGCUGUCAGGCUUCCUCCCCAGCUCGUGGCCUGGGCCUUGCACUUUCUGAUGGAGCCACAGCCGGAGUCUGAGCUAACCCAGGUGUAAGAGAUCAUGUGGGCAUGUGGGCGGAUGUAUGCACACAGAUCCACGGCUGGAGACUGACAAACAGUGUUCCACACUCUGCUCCUUUGAGUUUUUUAAUAAAAUAAUCUCAUGCGGCAGGAAA